UGCCUCGUUGUGUUUAGUUCGCUCUGAAUCUCUCAAUCCUUAUCGUCUUCAAACCCUAGCAGCAACUAACCAUGGCCGAGAGAGGAGGAGAGCGCGGUGGUUUCAGGCGAGGCUUCGGCGGCAGAGGCGGUGACCGGGGCCGAGGCCGCCGCCGGGGCCCCCGACGCGACGAGGAGGAGAAAUGGGUUCCGGUAACCAAACUCGGCCGCCUCGUCAAGGACGGCAAGAUCCGAAGCCUCGAGCAAAUCUACCUCCACUCUCUCCCAAUCAAAGAGCACCAGAUUGUGGAUACGUUGGUUGGCCCUUCGUUGAAGGACGAGGUCAUGAAGAUCACGCCGGUGCAAAAGCAGACGCGGGCCGGGCAAAGAACCAGGUUUAAGGCCUUCGUCGUCGUCGGCGACGGAAACGGCCACGUCGGCCUGGGCGUCAAGUGCAGCAAGGAGGUCGCGACGGCUAUUCGCGGCGCGAUUAUUCUGGCGAAGCUUUCGGUGAUUCCGGUGAGGAGAGGGUACUGGGGGAACAAGAUUGGGAAGCCCCAUACCGUGCCGUGUAAAGUCACCGGGAAGUGUGGAUCCGUCACGGUGAGGAUGGUUCCGGCUCCCCGUGGCGCCGGUAUCGUGGCGGCGAGGGUGCCGAAGAAGGUGCUGCAGUUCGCUGGGAUUGAUGAUGUGUUCACUUCCUCUCGCGGAUCGACCAAAACCCUCGGCAAUUUUGUCAAGGCGACUUUUGAUUGUCUGUUGAAGACAUAUGGCUUCCUGACCCCGGACUUCUGGACGGAGACUCGCUUCUCACGAUCCCCAUACCAAGAAUACACAGAUCUGUUGGCAAAGCCAACCACUAAGAUCACCUACGUGGAGGAUGUGGGAGAAAGGGUCGUCGAAGCUUGAUGAGGGUAUGGUUUAGGGUUUCCAUGUGAAUUUUUCUUUAGACCUUAUAUAUUAUUGGUUGAAAUGUUAUCCCUCUCUUUUGUGAGGGAAGUUAAAACUUUUUGUUUUUGUUUCGGAUUUGUUGCUGAGUUACUUCAUUCAAAUGUCGAAUUAAGUGGGUGUCAUUUUUGCUUA